GGGUGAUUUUCCAUUCCACAAAUGGCAGUGGUGGUGUAAAAAAAGUCACAAAGUGCGUGUUUUUGGGCAUUUUUUCAGUGUUUUCUCUACAGAGAACGGGAAGAAGAGGUUCAGGAACAGCAGAUUAGAGAUGGCAGACAACAAGGAGAAUAAUAAAGAUGCAGACGAUGAAAUCCCGGAGGAUUUUUUCGAUGAUUUUAGCAACACUGAGUUUAUGGCAGGGCUAGAUGUCAUCGACACAUGGGAUGAGGGUGAGGAGAACAAGGAGAAGAAAUCUAGGCCGGCUAAGAAGCCGGCGGAGGAUGGCGAUGAGGGGCGGGAAAGGAAGCGUCAUCGGCAGAGAUCUCCACCAGGUAGGGAUCGUCGCAACACGAGGUCAAAGUCUCCAGUGGGCCGGGCACCCUGGGAUUCGCCAGAAAAACGAAGGCGGCACUCACCACCACCAAGACGGCAUGAAAGGAACUCUAUACCGCGUCGGGAUGAAUUUAGGCGGCCAGGUGGCAGUAGGAGGUCCAGGAGUCGCAGUCGCAGUAGAAGUCCAAGGUCACGCAGACGUAGUCCACCUAAGAAUAAGACACCCUUCUUGGAGGAGUUGGCACAGAAGCUGGCCGAAAAGGGGCACAGUUUGACGGGAUUGCAGCCAAAUCCGUACGCUUUUCAGGCCCAGAACUAUCCCAACUAUCAGGAAAUGGGGUAUGGGGGGUAUCCGGUAAGGGCGCCGGGGCCAAUGGUGAUGCCCUAUCAACAGAUGCCGCUGGUGCAGUAUCCAAAUUUGCCACAGUACCAGGCACCUCCGGUGGAGUAUCCUGGUCAUCCUGGUGCUCCAGGACCAUGGCCAGCUGGCCCUCCGCAGCCCAACAACUUCAACAGCACACUCAGUAUCAAUUUGACACAGCAGACAGCAGCACCAAGUGUCCAGACAAAUGCAAUUCCGGGAGCCAAUCCUGAACCACCGGAACGAGCAAAAACGCCCCAACAGGAGAAAUUUCAGCUGGGCCUGGCACAGAUGCUGGAGGAUAACUAUGAGGAGGUGAAGGAGAAGAUAGCUGAACUGUCGUCCAAGGAUAGCAUCCUGGUGCGCUGCAAGAAGGCAAUUGAUAGUCUCCGGGGUGAUUCCAAGACUUCCAAUGCUUUCAUCUAUGUCCCCAUGACGAUGCCCAAGGAAACAGCUGAUGGGAGUCCAGUGGGCAAAUUCCAUCAUGUGAAGUUCCCUUGGUCGGGUAAGUGUGAGAUUGACACGCACUUUAUCACGUUGUCCAGCAGCAAGACGCGCGAAGUGGCUCAAAAACUGGGCAUGAGUGCAGCCAAAAUUAUCAAUAAGCUCAAGAUUCAGGAUGUAACCGAGAAGAUGUCCAACAAUACCUCCCAAGCUGCCUCAGACAUGGCCCUCGUGCCGGAGAAUUACUCAACUACGGCUUGUCAGACGGAUCCAGCUGAAUGUCCAACGUGUCUCAAGAGGGAACUACUCACUUACUGGGAUUCGGCUGCCCAAACGGAACCAGUUCCGCCGACUCCGAGUGUCGCUGAUGUCCUUCCGGACUACGAUGAAUCCUCCAUUAAUCUCUUGAGGCGCUUUGGACAGCAACAGAGGGAUAUCCUUAUUUAUUUCAUGCGCCUCAUUGAGCGUCCGGAUUACGUGACGCCCUAUCACAUCAACACACUCACUUCACGCCUCCAAGAUCUGCCCAGGAUCUCCAAUCAGGCACGCCAGGUGACACAGCCUUCGGGAUAUCUCAUCAAUCCACAGCCAGACUUUCGUAGAUUCUAAACAAACUGCGCGAAAACUUUUUUUUUUAAAUUUCCAGGAAACUCCGUUUUUUUUCGGAUUUCGUGUUUUGUUAAAAAUUUGUAGAAACAACAAGUUUUCAACAGUGAGUGACAUUUAUAGUUUUUAAAAACAAAAAGAGUCUACAGGAAGAAAGGUGAGUGGUCAAGUCCUAAAGAAAUGCAAACUUGAUGAGGAGAUUUUCUUUGUUAUAGCUUUCUUGGAAACUUCAAUGGUUCCAAAGAGCCCCCAAUUUAUGAUUAUUUUUUUUUACUUGCAUCUGAAGAACAUUCAUGGGAUCACACGUGAAGUGUUUGUAGAAUUAACAAACCUUUUCUGCAUAUUCUAUACAUAUUUUAUGCAUUGUAAUAAACGUAUAGCCAACAUCUCAAA